GAAUGGGCCGUCUUUAACCACAGCUGGACUCAGACGCUCUGUUGCAUCUUCAGCAUCAUGGAGGAGAUCUACGUCAGACACGUGGAGCUGCUGGGCUUUGAGAAACGCUUCUUCCCUAGUCAGCAUUACGUGUACAUGCUGAUGGUGAAAUGGAGCGACCUUGGAGAGAAGCUGAUCUACAGGACGUACCCUGAAAUCCACACCUUCCAUAAAUCUCUGAAGGAGAUGUUUCCCAUAGAGGCUGGAGAGAUAGACCGUAAGGACAGGACAAUCCCUUCAUUACCAGCUCCACGGUGGGUGGACAGCCAGAAAUCCAGAGAGGACAGGAAGACAACGUUGGCCGAGUAUUGCCAAUCACUUGUCAACUUGCCGGCUCACAUCUCCCGCUGCAAACACCUUUCCAACUUCUUUAAAGUCCGACCCGAAGACGAGAACCCUCCAGCACCAAACACAUUAAAAAGGAACGAGACGCCUGUGGAGUCUAGGGAACUCACCAGAGGAAUUGCAUCUGAGAUUUCCGGACCCAUCAUCCUGGACACCUACCGGGUCGUUGCUGACUUUGAAAAGACGACCAAAUAUGAGAUCGCUCUGCACAUCGGAGACUUUGUGGAAAUUGUGGAGAAAAAUGAGAACGGUUGGUGGUUCUGCCAGUGUGAGUCCAAACGAGGAUGGGUUCCUGCCACCUACCUGGAGCCUCUGGAUGGACCGGAGGAGACAGAGGAGCCUGAACCCAACUACGAAGGAGAGCUGUACGUCACCAAUCAGGCGUACAAGGCCGAGGAGGAGGACGAGAUCUCUCUGAGUUUCGGAGAAACUGUUGAGGUCAUCCACAAGCUGCUGGACGGCUGGUGGGUUGUCAGAAAAAGAGAUGAGACGGGUCAUUUCCCCUCCAUGUACCUGCAGAAGGCCGACGGCCAAAACGAGUCUCUGAGAACGAACCCGCGGGCACAGAAACCUCCACCACGCAGGUCCACCAUCAGAAAUGCCAAAAGUAUCCACAAUAAAUCUCGUAAGCGUCUCAGCCAGGAAGCCUACCGCAAGAACAGCCGCCGGUAUCUGCAGGAACGAGGAAACCGGUUUCCAGACAAGAACUCCAAAACCUCUGCAAAGUCUCCACUUCAGGAAAUGAAGAAUCAGAAUAACAUUCCUGAACAGUCUACAUCCAGCUCUGAGAGUGAGCUGAAGAAGGAGGCUCCAGUCAUCCCCCCGAGGCCCAGUCCUGAACUCAUCCUGGAGCGCUGCACCGACAACACCCGCAAGAAAAUGAGCAUCCACAAGUCACGCUCCGGCUCAUCCAGCUAGAACCGUCCAGAAGUCCUGUUCAGUGUUAAACGUUUGGUGACUUGUUGUGCUCAUCUGUGACUCUUCUGUCUUGUUAUUCUUCAAACUAAGCAGCCAUAUAGCGACCAGCUUUUUCCAGCAACUCAGACUUCUGAUGACUAUGUUAAGCCUACGUUAUGAUAAACCUGUAUCUUUAUCUUUUACAGUAAAACAUGGUUUUAACUCAAUUUGAGGCAUCAGAAAAGACUAUCAAAAUAAAGCAAGAAAAUCAAAAAGUGAGUUGAAUAAAUAGAGUUAAAUACUUAAAAUAAUUCACAUCCUGACUAGAUGACUCAGUCCUAUUUUUAUUUGUGACACAAGAAGAAAGCUAUUUGAUAGUGGGUGUAUCUCUUCAACACGUAAGCCAUGUUUUUAUUUAUUUGCUUAUGGGAAAAAUAAAACUAUGGAAUUUCAUGAGCAUUAUGCUUCAGGAUGUUGUGACACAUUAAUUAAAUUAAGGGUGAGUCGUUAUGAAAAUGAUUACAUGUUUUUAAGAACCAAUUUCAUCAUCUUUCGACUAAUAAGUGUAAAACAAAGUAAAAUUCUAUAUGUAAUGUUGGUCAGGCUGUACUGUGGAGACAAAUUUCUGUGCUUCAGGAAGCUGAGGAGUUGGCAAUAAAGUUGAUCCUAAUUCUGA